AUGGCCAGCGAGAUCCUGCUGCCCAUGCAGCUGUCGACGGGUCCGCCGCUAUCAGUCCGCAAGCCCAAGCAGAUCAGCGACAAACGACGUGACAAGAAACGAGUCGCCGACCGACACUGCCAGCGCCAGGCCCGAGCCCGCACGAAGAACAAAAUCGCCGAGUUAGAGUCUCUGGUAGCACAUCUGACGAGCCAGUCCGGCAAUGAAAUCUGCAGAGAGCUGAGGGAGCAGCUUGAGAGCGCGCGCACUGAAUGUCGGUCACUCAAACGCAAACUCGCGACGAUAUAUUCCCUGGCUCAGAUCAACCUGGAGGAAGAGUCGGAUGGGCGUCACGACGUGGAGGGGAAGGAACGCACCGACUCCUCCCCAUCUUUUACACUGUUCAACCAGCCUAGAUCACCUCCGGUGGCCGUGGACGACCUCCAGGUAGAAUCCAGCACCGACGCUGGCCGUCAAUCGCGUGGACCUGCGUGCAACGUCCACGGUGAGGCUGAAUUCGGCUUUGCCCUCGAUGAUAGCCUCAAUUUAAACUUUCCGGAUGCCAUGUUCGAUGAGCAAACUUUCAAUCCGAUGGGGUUAGGGCCAACACCACUUGAGAUGGAUGGAAUGUCCGGCCCCCACAGCUGUAACACAAUCACUACGACCGCAACCGCCACCACUUCCAUGCCUCUUUCGUUCCCCGAAAGUGGGUCCUCGUGCACGUGCUCACACCAUAUUCAUCCACACAAGCAGUCAAACAUGUGGGCGUUUGUGAGCGAGACGUUGAUGGAUUGGAAGACGCACAACUGGCCUAAGCUUCAGAAUGACGACACUACCGCCGACGAUAUCGCCGUGCGCGCUGUUAUCGAAGGCUGGACUGAACCUAGCCUGGUCAAUUUGACUGCUUCGUGGCGCAUUUUACGGGAAGUCGACGAGAAAGUAUGGGCCAACUCCCGCGACGUCGAUCGCCUGGCCGUCCUCUGCAUUAUGAAUUUACUGCUCCAGGCCAAGGUAACACUCAUCCCCGCUUCGACCUCUUUCUACUUGCUGGUAGCGACGACGCUGAUCAACAACAGACCGUCGCAAGUGGCUCAGAAACAUGCAUAUGCCAUCGACUUCUUCGUAUGGCCGGGAAUUCGUGAGCGAUUUGUCUAUCACUACCACAAAUACUGUUCGAACAGGUUCUGGGCACUCUUGGCUCAACACUUCCGCUUUGUGUGGCCGUACGAUCUCCGCGAUUGUUAUGUUCACAAUCGAUCGACGAAUAGAUAUCAGUUGUCAGACUUAUUCCGGCGUCAUCUGAAUGACCUCACAUCCUUCACCUUUGACAAAGACAUGUUUGGCAACUACCCGGAAUUCGACUGCGACAUACCAAAGUACAUGAAAAUUCCGACAAGUCUGACUUUAAAGCAGCUAGGCAACGAACCACAUAGGCGGAGGUACAAUGAGAUACCAGGAAACCAGAAACUGAUAGGAUUUGCUCCUAUGCCUGCCACCAUCCCUCCAGGGCAGUGGUUUGUGCCUCCCGACGACAUGACGAAAAGUGUUGGCCCCGUACUGUGGGGCCAGCCACUGCAGAUGAAUCAAUUUCUAUAG